AAAAGUGCUAAUCAAGGAUACUUGAGUUGCAGACGUCGUGAGCGGUGUUGAGGACCAGGUUGGGACCAGGUCUCCCGCUUGUCCGAGUCCCCACCGUGACCGAGCGUGUGUUUGGCCGCCUUCCAUAUUGGGCACUCGGCGUCAGACCCAUCGCACGGCCUGCACCGCCAGUCCACCGACCUCCACCUCCUCAGUCUUCGUAGGUACGUCGAACCGAUGUCGCGUGUAAAGCGAAGACUCACCUGAAUGACCAAAGAUCUCUACGCCUGCAAAGACGCUCCUUCUGCCGGCGUCGCGGAAGACAAACAAUAACAUACAGGACACGUCGACGGCAAGAACACGGCACAAAGCAUAUAGUUGACGAGUCGACCUAAUAUUCCCAACCACGAUGCUUAAUUUCGAGGACGUAGAGGAGCGCGACGGCGUGCGUCUGUCAUGGAACGUCUGGCCGUCGUCGAGGAUCGAAGCGACGCGCACAGUCGUACCCAUCUCUGCAUUGUACGUACCUCUCAAAGUGCGCGAAGAUCUGCCUCCCGUCUUGUACGAGCCGGUCACCUGCAAGCCACCAUGUCGCGCCGUGCUCAAUCCUUACUGCCAGAUUGAUAUUCGCGGGAAGCUGUGGAUCUGCCCCUUCUGCUUGCAGCGGAACGCUUUCCCUCCUCAUUACAAGGACAUCUCCAACACGAAUCUCCCUGCCGAGUUGCUACCAAAAUACACCACGAUCGAGUACACGCUUUCCCGGCCUGCUCAAGUCCCGCCUAUAUUCCUCUUCGUAGUGGACACCUGCUUUGAGGAGCCAGAAGAGCUGAAGGCACUCCGCGAUGCAAUCAUCGUUAGUUUGAGCUUGCUCCCGCCGUACGCGCUAGUCGGUCUGAUCACGUAUGGAACGAUGGCACAAGUACAUGAGCUCGGCUACGCUGAGUGCAACAAGUCAUACGUGUUCCGUGGAGGCAAAGAGUACACCCCGAAGCAGAUCCAGGACAUGCUCGGCCUGAGCUCGCAGAACAGGGCAGCCCCUCGCCCAGGGCAACCUAUGCAGGCCUUCGGCGCAGCGCGCUUCCUCCUUCCCGUCUCGCAGUGCGAGUUCCAGUUGACCGGCAUUUUGGAGAGCCUCGGCCAAGACCCAUGGCCGGUCGCCGCUGGAAAGCGGCCGCUGCGCUGCACUGGUGUUGCGGUCUCGGUUGCGGUGGGACUCUUGGAGACGUCCUUCCCGAACACCGGAGCGCGCAUGAUGGUGUUCUCGGGCGGAUCUGCUUCGGAGGGCCCAGGUAUGGUCGUGAACAACGAGCUGAAGGAGCCGAUUCGGUCGCACCACGAUAUUGACCGGGACAGCGCCAAGCACUACAAGCGAGCCGUGAAGUUCUACGAAGGUCUCGCCAAGCGGGCGUCCAACAACGGGCAUGUCAUCGACCUGUUCGCCGGCUGCCUGGACCAAGUCGGUCUGCUCGAGAUGAAGUCCUUGCCAAACUCUACGAACGGUGUAAUUGUGCUGUCAGACUCGUUCGCAACGUCGAUAUUCAAGCAGAGCUUCCUGCGCGUCUUCAAUAAGGACGAUGCCGGCAAUCUCGAGAUGGGCUUCAACGCGACGUUCGAUGUGUCCGGACUGAUUGGUCACGCGAUCUCAGCCGGGAAGAAGUCCGCAUGCGUCGGCGAGACGGAGAUCGGUAUCGGCCAGACCUCGGCGUGGAAGAUCAACUCCAUCACACCGCGCACUUCAGCAGGGGUCUACUUCGAGGUGGUCACGCCAGCUGGGCAGCCGCUGCAGCCAGGCUCGCGCGGUCUCAUCCAGUUCGUGACACACUACCAGCACUCGUCCGGCCAACUCCGUCUGCGGGUGACGACGAUCGCGCGGAACUUCGCAGAGGCGGGAUCGCCGAGCAUCGCGGCGUCGUUUGACCAGGAGGCGGCCGCGGUGCUUAUGGCGCGGAUCGCCGUGUUUAAGGCAGAGAUCGACGACUCGCCUGACGUGCUGAGGUGGCUAGACCGCAUGCUCAUCCGGCUGUGCCAGAAGUUCGCGGACUACAGGAAGGAGGACCCGACCACAUUCCGCCUGUCGGACAACUUCAGCAUCUACCCGCAGUUCAUGUUCCACCUCCGGCGAAGCCAGUUCUUGCAAGUGUUCAACAACAGUCCUGACGAGACUGCCUUCUACAGACAUAUCCUUAACGAGGAGGAUGUCAACAGCUCUCUCAUUAUGAUCCAGCCCACGCUCAUGUCGUACACGUUUGACACGCCUCCUCAACCCGUGCUGCUCGACAGCGUGUCCAUCAAGCCAGACGUCAUCCUCCUCCUCGACACCUUCUUCCACAUCCUCAUCUUCCACGGCGAGACGAUCGCGCAGUGGCGCAAGGCCGGCUACCAGGAACAAGAAGGCUAUGAAAACUUCAAGGAGCUGCUCGAGGCUCCCGUCGCUGAUGCCCAGGAACUCCUCGCGGACCGGUUCCCCAUCCCGCGGUACAUCGUCUGUGACCAGGGUGGCAGUCAGGCACGGUUCCUGCUGUCGAAGCUCAACCCCUCCACGACGCACAUGUCGACGAGUAUGUACGGCACGGCUGCGGGCGCUAGCGCUGGGCAGGCCAUCUUCACGGACGACGUUAGCUUGCAAGUGUUCAUGGAGCAUCUCAAGCGUUUGGCUGUGGGAGCGCAAACAAAUUGAGUGUCGGGGUAGUGGUGUAUUUAUGUUUUCUUGUGACGUCGAUACGAAAAGGAAUGAGUUUCUGUUUGUAUCUGAUGUCUGAGUUGACGAUUGAACCCAUGCGAGCGAUCAGCUGCCUGCGUUCCAACUCGAUCAUGAUCGGGGCGGCUUGAAUUCCUAGGCCGCUAGCGGGUGUACAUCGUUUACCUAUAGGCGUUGAGAGCGACAACCCGCAGCGGGACAAUGCAGACCACGAGUACCAUGCAGUUCGCCAGUCACUUCAUCAUGAGCUUGAACGUUUGAACCGUCGAGCGCCGAUUAUGGUUGUUCAAAGGUGUGUGCUGAUUUAUCCUCACGCUGCCCCGUUG